AUCUUCCUUAUCUUGAUAAUGUUCGUUCUACACCACUUAACAUUAUAUAAUAUAUGUCUCGAUUAAGGUAUAACCUAAGGUUUACCCAACCCUUAAACCCAUUAACAUUUUGGGCUUACUAAUCUUAGUGGGCCUAGCCCUUAAACACUUAACAAAACACAAGAACAUCUUCUUCUCUUCCUCGCUUUGUCGUUUCUUCUUCUACACCUCUUCACUUCUUUGAUUCUCUGGUUUCUUUGCACUCUUACUAAUCUCUAGGAUUCCUUGAUCAAUUUUGAGCAUUAAUCAAGGUCUGAUUCCAACAGACAGGAAACAAUCACAAGUCCGACAUGGAGAACGCGAACGAGAAUUGCCCAGGUCCCGAAUCCGAAACUGCUGGAAAGUCAGAUUCUUGCGCAGGUUGCCCUAAUCAGGAAGCAUGUUCCACUGCUCCUAAGGGACCUGACCCAGAUUUGGUUGCUAUAGCUGAAAGAAUGGCAACCGUGAAGCACAAGAUUCUGGUUUGCUCAUGCAAAGGUGGUGUUGGUAAGAGCACUUUCUCAACUCAGCUUUCGUUUGCCCUAGCUGGCAUGGUUCAUCAAGUAGGCCUCAUGGACAUAGAUAUAUGCGGCCCAAGCAUCCCUACAAUGCUAGGCCUCCAAGGGCACGAGAUUUACCAGAGCAACUUGGGAUGGUCACCGGUUUAUGUUGAAGACAACCUCGCUGUCAUGUCCAUAGGUUUCAUGGUUCACCCCUCCGAAUCUGAUGAGCCUGCCAUCUGGAGAGGUCCACGCAAGAACGGUCUCAUCAAACAGUUUUUAAAAGACGUUUACUGGGGAGAGAUCGAUUUCCUUGUGGUUGAUUCCCCACCAGGAACCUCAGACGAAAACAUCACCAUCGUCCAGUCCCUUGCACACACGGGGAUCGACGGUGCUAUCAUUGUCACCACCCCUCAAGAAAUCUCCUUGAUAGAUGUCAGAAAAGGAGUCAACUUUUGCAAGAAAAUUGGAGUCCCUGUGCUAGGAGUUGUAGAGAACAUGAGCGGUUUAUCUCAACCGUUGACGGAUAUCAAGUUCAUGAAGCUGGUAACUGAAACCGGCUCCUCCAUCGACGUGACCCAAGACAUGAUCUCUUGCAUAAGAGAUAAUGCUCCAGAGCUUCUCAAUGUCGUGGCUUGCAGUCAAGUUUUUGACAGCAGCGGAGGCGGUGCAGAGAGAAUGUGUCAGGAAAUGGGAGUGCCGUUUCUUGGGAAAGUUCCUUUGGAUCCACAGCUUUGCAGAGCAGCCGAGCAAGGUAAGUCAUGCUUUGAGGAUAACAAGUGUUCUGUUAGUGCACCCGCGCUUAAGAGCAUCAUAGAAAAAGUCGUCGCGUCAAUAAAGAUGAAGGAAGACGUCCUUGGUGGUGAAGAAGAAGACUAGUUCCAAAUUUCUAUAAUUUGCACUAAUCUUAAUUAUUUUAAACUAACAUCAAGUUUUUGUGAGAUUAAAUUUUGAUUUUAAAAAAUGGA